AUGGAGAACCUCCCGAAAGACCACUUUGUCACUAGCCUCCAGUUUACCAAGAACGUUUACCAAGAUGUGUAUCCUUCUAUCGAGCCUACGAGACCGGAACUUUCUGUAGCCGGUAAAGUUGUCAUCGUCACCGGUGCUAGCCGCGGCAUCGGAGCUAGGGGAAUUGCCCCGGCAUUUGCCAAAGCUGGCGCGAAAGCCAUUGUAUUGGUCGCCACCAACGCUGCGAAGCUUGCCACAGUCGAGGCCAGGCUCAAGGCCAUCAACCCCAACGUGCAACUGCUCUCCGUUGCGACCAACAUCGCCGACGAGGCGUCCGUCGCCAACCUGUUCGCCACCGUAAAGGCCAACUUUGGUCACGCCGACAUCCUCAUCCACAACGCUGCCGUCAGCAACGGCGCAGGAGUCAUCCAUGAGCAGGACGUUGACACGUGGUGGUCCAACUUUGAAGUCAACACCAAAGGCACCUUCCUCCUCGCCAAGUCCUUCAUCACAGCCUUACCUACCCUAGACACACCGGCCACGCUCGUCAAUGUAACCACCGCUGGCGCGUGGCUCGUCAUCCCCUUCAUGGCGGGUUACUCGACCAGCAAGCUCGCAAGCCAGCAGCUUCUAGCCCAUUUCGCGGCCGCUUACCCCAGCCUGACGACCAUCUCGCUGCACCCGGGCCUGGUCGACACCGACAUGACGGAUCCGGCGUUCGAGAGAUUCAACAAGGACACGCCCGAGCUCGUUGGUGGUGUGGCAGUGUGGUUGACGAGUGAGAAGGCCAAGUUUCUGAGUGGGCGCGCCAUUGCUGCCCAGUGGAGCGUCGAUGAUUUGGUGGAGAGGGAGAAGGAGAUUGUGGAGGGGGGGUUGCUACAGAUGGCGCUCAACGGGAAGCUGGGUAAGGAGCAAUUUCAGUAA